UUGUGGCCUUCAAUCAUGGCGCAGGAAAACACCUUGGAGGUAGCGGACUACGGCGUCAUGGCCGGCCAUUUUGUCCUGACGGUUGCCGUGGUGAUAUGGUCUAUAACACGGUCCAGUCGAGGUCACUCUCAUGGCUAUUUCUUGGCGGGUCGGGACAUGGCGUGGUGGCUGGUCGGAUUCUCCCUGUACAUCAGCGACAUUGGGAGCAUCAGCCUUAUCGGUAUAGCCGGGGCGGCAGCAGCUGAUGGAAUAGCCGUGAUAUGUUAUGAGUUCACGGGUAUUUUCUGUGUUCUUCUUCUUGGCUUUGUGUUUGCUCCUGUUUAUAUAUCAGCGUCGGUGUACACAAUGCCCGAGUACCUGCGGAAGCGGUUUGGCAGCCGUCGUCUUCAGAUCUACCUUGCCGUACAGAACCUCCUGUUACUGGUAUUCACCAAGCUGUCUGCAGGGGUGUUUGUAGGGGUGUUAAUAGUGCAGCAGGUGCUCGGGUGGGACGUCUACCUGUCCUUACUAGUACUGCUUACUGGAACUGCACUGUACACACUGUUAGGAGGACUAACAGCUAUUAUAUAUACAGAUGCUCUUCAAACGGUAGUCCUAUUGGUGGGGUCCACAGUUUUGGCCGUUAUAGCUCUGGUUAGAAUUGAAGGUUACGACGGUCUGCAGUCGCAGUAUUUCCUGUCUUUACCAAAUGGAGAGUUACAUGGAAACGGGACAUGUGGGCUACCGGACCCCCAGGCCUUCCACAUCAUCCGGGACAUUUCGGACACACACUACCCGUGGACGGGGUCAGUAUUCGGGGCUAGUGUCCUCUCUGCAUGGUACUUCUGCACGAAUCAGGUUCUGGUACAGAGGACGCUAGCGGCAAGGAACACUCUCCACGCUAAAGCCGGUUGUAUUCUGGAGGCGUAUCUGAAGGUUCUGCCAUUGUUCCUCAUUGUGCUGCCCGGGAUGGCCAGCAGAGCUUUAUUCUCCGACACAGUUGCAUGCUCCAGCCCAGAGUCUUGUACAAGAGUGUGCGGGAAUUCCAAAGGAUGCUCCAACAUUGCAUACCCAACGCUGAUACUGCAACUUAUGCCCGUGGGCUUAAAAGGUUUGAUGUUUGCCGCCAUACUCACAGCUUUGAUGAGUUCGUUGUCGUCCAUAUUUAACAGCGGCAGCACAGUAUUUACCAUUGACAUAUGGAAGAAAAUUAGGAAAAGAGCAUCUGAAUGGGAAAUUAUGAUUGUUGGGAGAUUGUUCAUCGUUGUAUUUGGUGGAUUCAGCAUUGCUUGGUUGCCGAUAGUUGGCGGGGCACGAGAGGGUCAACUGUUAAACUACCUUCAGUCUGUCAACUCUUACCUUGCCCCGCCAGUGCUGGCCUGCUUUGUUAUGGCGAUAGCCUGGAGCAGGGUGAACGAACCGGGCGCUUUUUGGGGACUACUGGUUGGGCUCAUAUUGGGAGUCGCCAGAAUGAUAGCAGACUUUGCGCUCCCAGCACCACCUUGCGGAAUCCCAGAUAACCGACCAGGAAUUCUAAAAAAAUUUCAUUUCCUGAACUAUGCAUGUGUAUUAUUUGUUCUGUGUAUAAUUGUCACUGUUGUGGUUAGCAUCCUCACCAAACCUCAGGAGAAAAAAGAUCUGGUAAGACUAACUUGGUCCACCAAGAGUGAUCUACACCUAGAUGAAGAUACACGAACAGAACCUAAAAAUAUGGUAUUUUCCGUAUCAAAAGAAAUAGGAGCACUGGAGAUAUCGGAGGAGAUCCCGGAAGAUAUAUCUGAAACAAGUAGACAGGGCUCAUCUACAAAAGCCACGCUAGAAUUACCUGCUUGGAAGAAGGUCCUAUACUGGAUAUGUGGCUACAAUGCUUUACACAACGACAGCGAAAAUGCUGAGGAACACAAAGCUAUAGAAAGAAGAAUGGCGCUUUUGGCCAUGGAGGAAAACCCCAAAUGGCGGAGAGUUGUCAAUGUCAAUCUCGUCAUUUGUCUGAGCGUUGGGGCAUUUUUAUGGGGUUUCUUCAGGUAACUGAGAUCCAGACGAGAGUAUCAAAUCAGGACCACAUUGAGGCAUUCGCUGAAAUGAGACGUUUUGCUGAUCUUUUCGAACUCUUGGUUUAAAGUGAUUUUUGCAAUAGGAACGCAGGGAGACGUUUCGGGGAACACAAUACUAAAAUUAUAUACUUCGCCUUGCCUUUUGUGCGUUAAUUACGUCCGCUUUAUGCGUAUAGUAAAGGGUGUAUAAAAUGUGUGAGAUUUACCCUGUAAAUGCUCUCGGUUUCUCCAAGGGCCAGCUGUUAUGAAAAUACGAAUUAGAUACUAAGUAAUGCACAACCAGUUAGUGUUAUUCACCCAUUUAGGCAAUUUAUGCAUACUGUACAUGUAUGUUCAUUAAAGGACCGUCGAGGUGUAAAUUCGUUAUCAAACGUGAUGUAAUGAGUUUCCGAUAUCUGUUCAAUAGGUCAAGAUCCAUUUGGUUCAGGCAGGAUCAAGGCCGUCCACAUGUUACAUUGUUAACGUAAAUGUAUUGAUUUUGCAUUGGUUUCUGGUGUAAAAUGACGCAGAGGUAAACUGAUAUCAACAAUAUAUGUCAAAUAAAUUUUAAUUAAGUGCUGGGGCUGAUCAAUAAAAACAUCAGACGGCUCAGUCGUUCAUUGUUUAUCGCUAUUAGGCCUACAUUACACAUCUUGGCAGCAAUGUGGAAAACACGGGCGUUCUGCUUUCUGGUCAUCUCUGCAUUAACUUUGUGUUUAUGUCGGGCACAAUCUGACAGUAGCACAAACGAUGAUGCCGAUGCCGAUGCCUUUGUUUUCCGUCGCGAUAAAUACUUGUCAAACUCUGUGUUACAAACCAAACCAAUUCAACGCAGAUUUCAGAGUUUAGAGUGCGCACGGGACUGCGUUAAGGACCCUCUUUGUAAGUCAUUUAAUUUAAGAUCGAGCAACACAGUUUGUGAACUGAAUUCAGCUGCAGAUCUCUCCGCUACAGGAGCGUCACUGUCUGAUGAAUCGGGAAGUCAAUACUAUUUGAAGCUCCCGCAUGACUGCGCUGAGUACGAAGGAGAAGAUGGACUUCAUUGGAUAUACGUCCCCGGCAUGAAGAAAACUCUUCGGGUUUACUGUGAGCAAGGGUGGACUGUUCUCAUGCGGCGGACAAGCACAGAGUUGAACUUCAAUAGGACGUGGUCAGAUUAUAGGAACGGAUUCGGUGACUUGGAGAGUGACCAUUGGUUGGGACUGGAGGCGUUCCAUCAUCUCACCAACCAGGGAAACUAUUCUUUAAUGACCGAAGUCAGGGACAAUCUGACAAGCACCUAUUUCUCUGAUAUCCACGUCGACUUUCGUGUCGGGCCAGAGAAAGAGGGAUAUAUUUUGUAUGAGUUUCCCCUUGGCGAUGGAAACCUAACUAGUUCCGCGGAAGAUCAGUGGUAUAUCAACUACGACAUGAUGUUCUCGGCCUAUGACAAGGACCAGGAUACGACUAGUACCUCAAACUGUGCGGCUACAUUCGGAGGGGGAUGGUGGUACAGGGCAUGCACCUUGGUGUCUCUCACCGGGCAGACGACGCAUUGUACGUCCGGAUGUUACGCCUAUUUCAAGCACAACGGUGUCCCUUUUGGCGGGAAUGGUUCGGAUGACAUCUUGCUCAAUUUUGCCGUUAUGAAGAUCAAGAAGAUUGGCUAGCAAAUAAAUAUCUCAUGAAUUAUUGUCGAUGUAAUUUUAAGUUAAAAAUAUGUAUGCUGAUACAUAAAGAGUCAAGUGGGCACUGAAAGUGUUCGAUAAAUACAUGUAACACCUGAAAAUUGACACCUGACUUUGAAAUGCGUCAAAACCGAUUGCCUACUGGUAAUUGAAAACUUUUUAUCAAACUGGAUAGUUCAGGAUAUUUAUUUGAUCAAUUAAUUUGUGAUUAAGACAUUCAGAACGCAGCUAUACUUUACUACAACAGAACAAGCGUGUAUAUUCGUGUGACGAAAUACUUUAUCAAGUUUUGAAACAAAGUGCACCUGAGUUGAUUGAAAAUUAUCUAAAAACAACGACAAGUAGGCCUUUUAAAGGGGAUAAUUUUCAGUCUGCAAUAUUGUGUUUAAAAGGCCACAUAAAUAUUACUUUGAAAUAAUUGAACACUUUCAAAUAUUUUAUAUGCAGUUAAGUA